AUGAUAAGCCCUUCAAAACAGACGUUGCUUAUCACCGGCGCAAACGGCUUCCUUGCCGGCCACGUUAUUAAAGAGGCAUUGGAGCAAGGCUACGAUGUCCGAGGCACAGUUCGCUCGUCAGAAUCUGCGAAAAAGGUUCGAGAUCUUUUUGCAGAGUACGCCGAAAUAUUCUCAGUAUUUAUUAUUCAAGACCUUACUCAGAAAGAGAAUUACGAGAGUGCAUUUGUUGGGGUGUCUAAACCCAUUACUGGUGUCAUCAGUGUUGCCGCGCCAUUUACACUGAAGGUCGAGGAUAACUGCCGUCAGCUUCUUGAUCCAGCAAUACAAGGCGCUAUUGCAAUGCUUGAUGCUGUCAACCUUUAUGGCCCCAGCGUACAAUGCGUGGUAACGACUUUGUCGUUCACGGCCAUUAUUGACCUAUCAAAAGGUUGCCGACCAGGCCAUGUAUAUUCGGAAGAGGAUUGGAACCCAAUGACCUAUGCAGAAGCUGCCAAUGCGGAUGCUGUGUCAGCGUACUGUGCUUCGAAGGCUUUGGCCGAGAACGCCAUUUGGGAUUGGAUGGAACGUGAGGAGCAUGCUUUCUCCGUGGCGACGAUUAACCCUCCUCUGAUCUUUGGCCCCUAUACCGGUGGAAUUACCGAUCUAAAACAUCUCAACGAAUCGACUGCUGUGCUCUGGAGUCUCCUGGAUGCAAAAGAAGUACUACCUACCGAUUUUGCGGGCUUUGUUGAUGUUCGCGUUGCUGCGAAAGCUCACAUAGAAGUAUACAAACGGCCUGACGCAGGUGGGCAGAGAUUUCUGGUCGCUUCGACUUUCAAUUGUCACGCCGCGGUAGAUGCAGUCAGAGAAGACAUUUCUGAACUCGUAAACUGCAUUCCCGAAGGAACCAAAGGCAUUAAUAUAUCCAAUACGGUGUAUGGCGUUAAUAGAAAAAGCUUAAUUUACUAUACAAAUCCAAUUUAUUAUAACUAUUCUAAGCAGACCAAGAUAUACAACGCUGACCAAUACGUGGACUUGCCUCUUCUGAAAACCAAGCUUGCAUUUGUAAUUUAUCAGCAGAGCCAGGCUCACUUUCGGUUGUUUCGUUAUAUCCCAGGGCCAUGA